AUGGUCGUACCAACUGAUAAUCACUUCGACUUCAUUGUCGUCGGCGGUGGAACUGGAGGCAACACAGUUGCCGGCCGUCUAGCUGAGAACCCCAACGUGAAGAUCCUGAUCAUCGAAGCCGGCCCCGGACACAACAAAGACAUCCCCGAGAUCCAAACUCCAGCACGGGCUUUCGAACUCCGUGGAAGUCAAUAUGACUGGGCUUACAAAACUACCAUGAUUGACCGCGAAGAUUACACACGAGUUGAGAAGCCCAAUACUCGUGGAAAGGUCUUGGGAGGUAGCAGUGCUCUUAACUACUACACCUGGAUUCGAGGUAGCAAAGCUACUUUUGACGAUUGGGAGGAAUAUGGCGGUCCAAACUGGACUUGGGAUAAUUGCAAGGAGUAUUUUGACAAGCCAGCCAAUUACCACGAUGACAGUCACCUCUACAAUCCAGAUUUGGCGAAACACGGUCGUAAUGGUCCACUUGAUGUUGCCAUUUCUGACAUGGUGCCUGAGCUCGAGCCAUUCCGUAAAGCAUUGUCCAGCGCGUGGGUUAGCAAGGGGGGAAUCCUCAACGAUGAGAUCUAUGAUGGAGAAAUGCACGGAUUGGCUCGAUGCAUGAAUACUAUUUACAAGGGUGUGCGCUCUACAUCUGCCCUUUUCCUCGAAGGAAAACCAAAUAUCACUAUUCUCGGCGAUACCCACGCCAAACAAAUUCUCAUCGAAGAUGGAGCCGCUACCGGAGUCGUAGUAACUACAGCCGAAGGCGACGAACUAACCAUCCGAGCCAAAAAGGAAAUAAUCAUCUCGUCCGGCGUAUACGAGACUCCCAAACUCCUCAUGUUAUCUGGAAUUGGUCCCGUCGAAGAGCUUGCUCCCCAUGGAAUCGACGUCAAGGUCGAAUCCCAACACGUUGGAAAGAAUCUUCUCGACCACCCCAUCAUGCCCCACGUUUUCAGACUCAAAGAUGGCCUCGGACUCGAAGACCAUCUGCUACGAGCCGGUCCCCAACACGAUGGUGCUAUCAGCGCCUACCAAAAGAACAAGAGUGGUCCAUACAGUAGUGGUCUGCUCGAACUCGUCGGAUUGCCUCGUAUCGACGAAUAUCUCGCUACAAGCAAAGAGUACGCCGCUGCCAAAAAAGCCAACAACGAUAUCGACCCUUUUGGACCAGGCGGCCAACCACAUUUUGAGAUUGAUUUCGUGCCCAUGUUCAGCGACGCCUUCCAAUGGCACAUACCCACACCACCUACGGGAUCCUGGCUUACGGUUAUCGUUGAUCUACUCCGUCCUCUCUCGCGCAAUGGCUACGUAAAACUCAAUUCUACCAAUCCUCUUGAGCAGCCAAUUAUUAACCUCAACUUCUUCUCCAAUGAUCUGGAUCUCGUCGCUCUGCGUGAAGGAUGUCGAUAUGUGGAUGACAUGCUAAUGAACGGCGACGGAAUGAAAGAUAUCAUAGGAGAAGAUUAUCCAUGGCCUAUGCCCCGAAAUAGCGAUGAGGCUAUGAAUAAGAUGAUUUUAGAGAGAAGUCAGACUGGAUUCCAUCCCUGCGGGACCGCCCGCCUCGGAAAAUCCAUCGAGCAAGGUGUCGUUGAUCACGAACUUAGGGUCUUCGGUGUCAAGAACCUCCGUAUCACGGAUGCAUCCGUCUUCCCCGUCAUUCCCGAUUGUCGAAUUCAGAAUGCUGUUUACAUGGUUGCUGAAAGGGGUGCUGAUUUUAUCAAGGCUGUUCAUCCGGAGCUGUACCGGUAAUUGUUUU